AGAUCCACAAGCACCAUCGCGCCGCCGAGGGAGGAGAGGGAGAGAGCGGAGAAGAAGGCUAGGGUUUAAGGUUGCUCGGCGAUGGCGUCGGCGGCGAAGGCCCUGGCGGCGCGGGCGGGAUCCUCCCUCCUCGGCCGCCUCCUCGCGUCCCCGUCAACACCCCUCCUCGGCGCGGGGAUGCCGCAGCUCGCCAGGCUGCAGGCGCACGUCCCGCCGGCGCCGGCGCCGUCUGUGGAUGCCUACGAGGCGGAGGCGGUCGCGAGGCUCACCUCGCUCCCCGGAGAGAUCUCGUUCCCCUGCGGCCUGCCCUCGCUCCGCUUCUUCAUCGACGACGCUACUGCCGUGGAGAAUCCUGUCGCUAAUGAACCCCUUCUGCUAAUAAAGAGAACUUACCAGCCCAGUACCAUCAAGCGGAAGAGAACCCAUGGAUUUCUUACACGUAAGUCGACCAAGGGUGGGCGCAAGGUGAUCGCACGGAGGAUCGCCAAAGGCAGGCACAGGCUUUCCGUGUAGCGAGAUCCCGUAGCAGCUCGGAACACUUUUUUCUUCACAGCAGAUUUGUACUGUUCUUUGUACGAAACCUUAGAGUUCAACGUCUAUGUAUGCUUAACGAGUAACGAACCCUCUGAGUAACGAACCCUCUGCUAAAGGCGAGCCCCAGCAAAAAGCAGCAGACCGUGUGUGGAUUUUCUUGUCAAAACAACUGUUCCGCGAAAUAAACUCAAGUUUAUCUGCACCGACUGAUAACAGUCCAUUUUGUUUGCGCAGCCGCUGCGGCUGCUGCACU